AUGCUCGUAGCUUCUGAUUUCUUAGGCUAUAGAGAUGAUUGGCACCAUUCUGGUCUCCAAUCAGCUCCAUGGUCAGCUGGCAGAAACACUGGCUGCAUUCUCAGUUUCCCCUGAUGGCACGGGACUGCCCGAGAAGGCCGUGGAAGGCAGCGGGGGGAGGGCAAUCCUGCAGCUAAUUAGCCACUAUGAUUGCUUUUACAUGAAAGCUGAUUGCAUCAUCCUGGUAUAACCAUUCAAAGUCCAGUGAUAUACCAGUAUAUCGCUGAUCCUUGUUGGGUAUAUAUGCUAUGUUCUUUUUUUUCUUUUUGUAUGCAGCCUGUGGACUGAAUGA